AUGGCCACAAAGGAAGCAUCCAGCUCUUCCUCAGGUCUAGCUACACCAGAGAGCGCCACUCCGCACAAUAAUGGCAGCACCAAUAAUGUUUCAGAGAUAUUAACCCCCCAAGAGCUUUCCUCAGAUGAUUCAUGGUCCAUUGUGACCGGAAGCGACUCGCAAUCAGUUGCCUAUGAUGAUGUUGUAUCUAGCGAUGAUGAAGUACGGGAAGAGCAUAACAGAGAAGUUCGAGCUUCGGUGUCCACGCUCAAGAACGAACUUAGCGGAUCACAUUUCUCUGUGCCUCGAAUUGAACUAGAGAAGGGGCAAGAAGAUGUUUUUGAGGAUCAGCACGCAACUGAUGAGUCCCUCAUUUCACUUGCCGACCAUGUUAAAGCUGUAAAGCGGGAUAAACUAAAAUCGUGGCAUUGUAUUGCUGCACUAGGACUUGCCCUGACCAUGCUGGUUGGAGGAACGGUAUUCAAAACCAAGGAUAUAGACUGCUCUGCUGUGUCUGAUGAUAUGAGAACCACACUUCAGGAUUGUCUAGUGAAGGGUCUAGAUACCAAGAUGGAGUGCUUGAAGCACUACUUUGAAGAACGCAAACAGUAUGAGACUCGCUGCUCGUUUCAAGAUCAAGAUUUGAUAACUUUCGAUAACCGUCUCAAAUUUGGAAGGGAAUUGUUUGGCGAAGGCGCACUGGCUGACGCUUAUAGCGGGCUUCUUUGGAUAAAGGAACAAAGACGUGAAUUGGGCGAUAAGGGACUAGAGUGGUCUCGCAGGUUUGGGAGCACUAUGAAGGAGAACUUAUCGACAAGCCUGAAGGUAUUAGAUUUCGCUAAAGAGCUUUCCAUCGAGAGGGCUGCGGGGACAAAUUUAAGGUUACGUCGAUUGAUCAGGAAAUGGGGUUCCCACAUCAAGGAAGGGCUCCAAUUUGCAGAUAGUCUCUUUUUGCAUGCUCGGCUUUGGACAGGAGACACGGCUCUGGCUUUUGCCAGAGAAACGAAGCUUGCAAUUGAACGUGGCGAUGAACAUUUAGAGGAGUUGUUGACUAAAAUGAAAGACAUUACUUCAAAGCUGACUCAACGGUACCUAGAUAUACCAAAAAAGCUUUCCUCGCUAUUCGAGGCCAAUACUUUUGCUCAACGGAAGUUCUUCGCAAUUGGACAGAGGUCCUUGAAGAAUUCUACUCGUGCACUCAAAUAUAUUCGCCAGCGAUUGCCGCUGAUUCGCAGGAAAUGGGUCUCGUUUGCUUGCAGCCUAUACAAAGAAUCCCGCUUCCAUUUCAGCAAAUUGGGCUCACAGUUACACACACAGUUCAGGCUGUCCGCUCAUGGAGUCAGAGAAUUCAACACGAUAUUACACGAUAAGGUUUCACAAUGGUACGCUAGUUUUGAAAUACCCUGGUUUUAG